AUGCUUUCUUCCUAUUUCCUCUGGAAACAACUCUUUGCAUCUAAAUUAGGAACACUCCGAAGUAGUGAAUUUCGCGAAACCAAAAGGAAUCCUCCUUCGAUCCUUAUCUACACGAGGAUCGCCCGCCAAUGCCAGCUGGACGGUGACAUCUCCGCGGGAAGGCUGAGAGGGUCCCGGACACCAGCCGGCGGCCGCGUGGAGGGCGCAGCCCUGGGCCUGGGGGAGAAGGUUUGUAUCUUUGCUUUUAAAUCGGCGGUGGAAAAGCCCAGUCCAGCUUAUGGUAAAAUCGUCCCUGCACAUGGAAACACGGGAGCAGCAAGGCGCCUCCUUCCCCUCCCCAGGCUGGCGGGCGCGCGGAGCUCCCGGGAAGCGCGGUCUCCGGGAGACCGAGACGCGGCGCAGACGCCACCCAGGCGGCAGGGAACAAGCAGCCGCGGCCUUCGCGGGACAGCGGCCCGGUGCAGAGAGACUCUGCCUACCAUGCGAUCCCUGGACAGCCGGCGCUGGGUGUUCCUGAGAGAGGGGCGAGGAGGUCUCACUGCUCAGGGUCCCCAGGGGACCUUUCUGCCCUGGAUUCACUGCAGAGCCCCCUGGCCUCCCCCUAAGAAGAUCCAGGGUGAGCUGCCUGAGGAAGCAGCCCCAUUCUGCAAGCUGGAGCAGUUGAGGGCCUGCCUGGCCUCACACCCAGACCUGGAGGAAGCCCUGUCUGCAGAGCUCUUUCUAAAGGUGCUGGAAGUGCUUGAUCCUGAGAGGAAGCUGGAGGACACUUGGGCUUAUUGUCAGGACACCAGGAGAAGAACCGGGGAACCCGCAAGGCUUUUAAAGAAACGCCCCACACAAAUUUGCCUGGGACUUCCCGGGAAGAUUCCUGUGUCACAUUCAGGCCAGUGGCGUUAUGAAGGAAAGCCAAGGAAAAUGGAUCUGCCCCAGGAAGAUGGUUCUACUCUUCAUGAAGAUGUACGCCAAGGAGUUCAUGACUUCUGCAAGUGGGCAGCUACUUUUGGAGAUUUGAACAUCGAUGAAGAGUUCAUCCGGAAACAGUUUGACACUGACCAUCAGAGCAAACCCAGCAGUGACGUGCCCCAUGCGACGAGACUGAGCCAGGUUCCUCUGGAGCUGGAGAAGAGGGUGGGGCUAAACAAACUGCAGAGGGCAGGAUCCUUCCAGAAACCAAACCAAGAGAGGCAGAGCCAGAGACCACAGGAUCCUUAUAACCCAAGGCGGGUAAAGACGAAUUAUGGAGUGUGGCACUUGAGAACUGGCCUGUGGAAAAAGCAAAGAGCAGAAGAACGUUUGGUUGACCUCAGUGUCUCACAUAAAGUUCAAGACGAGAAUUUUGAAAAGGAGCUGUGGAAAUGGGACGCGUUCCUUGCAGACCUUCAUGGAACAGUUGCCUUCAAGGAUUUUGUUCUAAGCAGGAGCUACAGGAUGCCAAGGUUCCUUGAGAAAGUGUACGUUGGGAAGGAAGGUAAAUGUGCAUAUCGAAAGACUCCUCUAAAACGAACUCAAGCAUAGAAGAACCCCGGGGAGAUGACUAGGCAGAGAGCACAGACUACAUUCUCGCUCUUGCUCCCUCUAUUUUCAACCCUGCAUAGGGUUUAUGACGAGUGUCCCUUGCGGGCGGGUAACUCUGACAUGCUAGAUAACUCAGCUGUAAGUGUAAACACCUAGCCUUAUAAAUGCUUCUCAAUAGCUUUCUGCUUCACUUAGUCCAUAUUUUAUAUACUUUACCAACCAUGAGAUCCGUAUUCAAAUGUCACCUCACAUUUUUGUAUCAUUGUGAGUAUUACAUAAGUAUAUCAACUAUUUGUAAAAAUAAACCCAUAAACAAAGGCAGACUUACUGUA